AUGGAGCCCCCAUCGGUGUCCCAGGCGCUCCUGAGCUUCAAUUCUCUUCGGCCACGUUGGUUGCUCGUGAGAAUCGGAAAGCCGAGCCGGUUACAGUUCCGCAGAUUCCUCAUCCUGGUGCCGCUCCUUUUUCUGACAGCGCUCUUCUUUACUUCGGCUCCCCGCAAGGCGUUCGGCCUGGGAGGACACACCCCGCGACCUCCGCCGCUUGUGCCUUCGGGGUCCAAUCAUUCGACUUUCGAGAGCGCACUCACUCGUGUAAUCAAGCUUCUGCCGGGACAAGACGAGCGCGACGCGCUUCUGCUACCGAUCGAGGUUGGACGCGAACAACGUCUACGGGAGCUUGCUGUCCGGGCGCGGCGCUACAAGACCCUCCUGGAUGGAUGGGAAGGACUACACGAUGUCGACAGCGAAGAUAGAUACGGCGUUAUUCACGACAAUAUAAUACAACAACUUCGUCUAUUAUACGAUCGACAUGAGCUCCAUUCAGAGAAGCUACUAAGGGACGGCUUUGCGCAAACGGUUCAUUCCUACGAGACAUUUCGGUAUUUUUUGUCAGCCCUUGCGUCGUCGUUGUUCCCCUGGACUGCGCCAUAUUUUUCCGACCAUACGGCAUUACGUGCACAUAUCAAGCAAGGCGGGCGAGGAAUCGUCUUCGCGGCGGGAAGUCGACAUGCAGAGUACUUGCUAUCUUCAAUCCCAACUCUUCGGGAGCUUGGUUGCGAUUUGCCAAUUGAGGUCAUGUAUCUCGGCGACGCAGAUCUCAGCGAGGACUACCGUGCCCGUCUGGAGGGCCUUGGUGCCGUCACGACUCGCAACCUGGCCCAGAUGAUUGACAACGCAGGAGGAGAUCUGAAUAGCUAUGCCAGCAAGCCCUUUUCUAUCCUUCUAUCUAGCUUCCGGGAAGUUUUAUUCAUCGACGCGGACAACUUCUUUUUCCAGAAUCCAGAAGACCUAUUUGACACCCCGUGGUACAAUGAGACUGGGGCGCUAUUCUUCAGGGACCGACGAGCAGGUCCGUUCUCGAGAAAGGAGUGGCUUCAGCAGAUAUUGCCGGAACCAGUAUCUCAGACGGCAAUGAGGAGUCGAUUCUGGACUGGCGAGAGUGCACACGAGCAAGAGUCCGGCCUCAUAUUGGUAGACAAAUGCAGUACUCGGAGAAAGGCGGAGCAGGUAUCUACGAGAUGGUACAUGGUACGUGAAACUAUCGUCUCAGACCUGUUUUGGAAUCUAAUGCUGUUUGCAGGUGACAAGGAGACAUUCUGGCUGAGCUGGGAGCUCGCUGGUGACGUGGACUAUAGUUUCCACCCGGGUGCCGUCGGCGGCAUGGGCUUCGCUCAACAAGUCGUCCCCCACGAGCGGGGAAACCGAACUUCACAAGACGACGAACGCUAUCGUGGCCAGGACGUGUGCAAGUUCUGCUCGUCACAACUGCUACACAUGGACGCGGAGGGGAUGCCUUUGUGGGUAAAUGGCUGGAUCCUGAAGAACAAGAACAAGGACGCUAAAGACUGGGAGUACGGCGGAUGGGAGCACUACGCCGCCGAGCCCUCGAACGUCCAAGACGUGAUGGAAUGGGAUAUCGGUUACGAUAACCACUGCUGCUUGACUGUGGCUUGCAGCGAGAAAGGCACAUUCACCGGAGAGCAUCAGGCGCUUUUGAGAGCACUGAUCAACAAGGCGAUGGACGUCAGCGUUAGCCUGCGUGGGAUUCAGACGGACGAGGAGGACGCGAUGCCCGAGACCUGA